GUUUGUAGGUGGCUGUGAUGUGGUGCUUACUUAGACAAACAUUUUCGCGACAGUAGAUCUGGGAAACGAUUUGAAAAUCGGCAGUAAUAUGUUUGUGAUUGUGUGACGAAUCUGGUGACAGAGGCGGCCCACAUCGGCAGCUGUUAGGUAAACACAACAUACGGAAACCAGUUAGUGUGGAAACCAGUAGGGCUAUAACACCGGCAGAAAAGAAUAGGAGCCUACACGGUCUUUUCAAUGUGGAAGUUAGCUCCUCUUACCCAGUAAAACCCAUAAGAUAAAAUAGAUGGCUUUUAUCUUUAUGUAAACGUAUGCUAUAUCAGCUGUUGAGAGGGAUCAACGAACUAUGGCUUACCGUCUGUUUGAAGGCAAAAAGCAUGCUUCUUCCUACUGGAAGUACAGGAUCUCACCAUCAGAUGAACUAAUACGACAGGUGCUUGACUUUCUGGAAAAACGGAAAGGACAUCCCUUCGAGCUGGCAGUGGAUGUUGGUUGCGGCUCAGGACAGGGAACAGUGCUGCUGGCCAAACACUUUGCCUCGGUGGUAGGGACAGACGUUAGUCCUGCCCAGGUGGAAGUGGCGUUGGAGCAUGCUAAAGAGCCAAACAUCACAUAUAGACAGUGUGUGGCCGAGGAGCUGCCAUUUGCUGACAGCUCGGUGGACUUGGUGACAGCCAUGUCUGCCUUCCACUGGUUCGACCGACCACGUUUUCUCCAGGAGGCCCACAGGGUCCUGAAGUCCAAUGGCUGCUUGGCUCUGCUCAACUACACCAUUAACAUGGAGCUCAGCUACCCGGACUGCUGCUCACAUACACUCAACCAAGUCUGCAAAGAGUUUUAUGCAGCCUUGCAGCCUUACCGCAGUCCCCACCUUGGUGCCAGCUCUAUGGAGUUAUACCGGGAGGCCUAUGAAUCCAUCCCUUACCCUGACAAGGACUGGCAAGAGUGUGUGUGGGUGAAAAGACCCAUGCCUCUGUCCAGCUACAUGGGGUUGGUGGAGUCUUUCUCGAGCUAUCAGGCUCUGCUGAGAGAGGACCCGCAGAAAGCCACCUCACUCUCCCAGGACAUCUGUCAAAGGUUGAUGUCCGUAAUGAGGGUGACCUCUGUGGAGACAGAGGUAAUGGUGGCUGUGAAGUAUUUUUACCUUCUGGCCUGCAAACCCCAGGAAGCCUGACUACUGCCAGCACAGGAACGUGUGCUACCCCCCCAGUAUUUUGUCAACUUUUCUGUGUGAAGGUUUUCUCUUGGACAUUUAAAUACAGAAUGCUAGUGUGUAGUGUGCUAGUUGUUACUUAUAUAAGCUAUGUAUAUAUGCUUAGACUCUCUGUUUUGCAUACAAAUGUCACAUAUUUAAAAGGAAUAGUUUGACAUUUUGGGAAAUACUCUUAUUUACUUUCUUGUUGAAAGUUAAAUGAGAAGAGUGAUGCCUCUCUCAUAGACAUGAGAGUGUAUUGAUCUUCUGAAAUAAUUUUUAGCAAGAAAGCUUUCUGAGAAUAUCAAACUAUUGCUUUAAAGUUCAACUAAGGAAAGAGCUGAUCAGCUGUUUCUUUAACAAAAACAUGCACAAAUGUACUGUGCAGAUUUCCGGGCGACAGUCGCUCACUCCGUCGGGACUUGGCUUGGGAAUCUCUCCAUUUAAUGCAUAUCUAUAGGGCCCUUCAGCAUUUGUGUGUAUUUCGGACCUGUGUGUGUAAUGUGUGUAAUAACAGAGUGAAAAAAAA